AUGCUGUGUUUGACUAGCUGGCCACUAGACGAACGCAGCCGCUCUUUUUGGGCGGUCACCAUGGGCUGUGGUGCCUCUGCUGCGAGGGCCGCCGUCUCCCCCCACGCUGUCGCCAGCUCGCUGGCUCCCCCCAGUACAGACACCAACAAGGAGCCUUCAGAAGCCCAGGCCGGAGUGGGAGGGCCUGCCGCGGUGGCAGCAGAGCCGGACGAGCUGGAAGGGCUGCUGGCAGCGCUGGAGGAGCACGCGGACAGCAAGAGCCGCCGCACGGGGACGCCGGCCACGCAGCCGCAGGAUGCCGGUGGGCAGCGCCCGGAAGGAGCGCUCCGCAACGGGGACCUGGAGCAGCUGCUGAGCGAGCUGCAAGAGGAGACAGAAGAGGACUGCGCCCGCACGAGCAGCAAGCCCACUGCGCUUGCAGCUCUGGCUGCGCCUCUGGCCGCGCUGACCCCGCCCGGGCCCGCCCCUGCGCGGCAGCUUGCCCCGCUCAAGGUCACCGGCCGCGCACCCAUUGCCUCACGCCUGGCACCCGCGCCAGCUGUGCAGCUGCCACAGGGGUCUCCUGCUGCUGGGAGGGCGGGUGUGUCCCCCACAAGUCCCGGGGCCAUGCGCGGCAGCACAUGGGCAGGCAGCUGGGUGGCAGAGCUAGAGCCCCCCGACUCGGUCACGCUCUUGAGCAUUGACCACCGCGGAGGGAGGGGCAGCGCAAGCCGUGCGUCCAGCCUGGGGUCGCCCUCUACCGCAUCCACGACCUACAUCACAUUUGACUUGCUGCCGGACGGAGACCGCACGAGUGCGGAGGGGGAGGGGGAGGGGGAGGGGAGCCUGGGCCGGGGCAGCGCAGCAGGGGCCGGGGCCGGAGGCGCAGGGCUUGCGGGGGGCAGGGAGGAGCCCCUGCGGAGGAGCGGUGCACAGAGCGCCAGGGACGGGCUAGAGCAAAAAGCAGCGGAAGUGGACGAGCUGCUGCGCGAUGUUUUCGAGGACCACGCAGGGCCCCAGCCCAGACCCAGGGCGGGAGCGGGGGCGGCCCCUGCAGCCGUGGUGGGGGUCAAGGGACAAGAGGGACUAGUAGGGGGGGAAAAGCUGAGAGGAAUUGACGAGAGCGAUGGUCAUGGCAAGCUGCAGCCCAGGACAGAGAGACCAGGCAGCAACACUGACGAGGCAGGGCGGCGCUGGGAGGGGACGCUGGCCAGCCGCAAGCUGGCAGCAGAUGCUGGAGCGGAGGGACCGCCCACAACAGGGUGGCAGUCUGGCAAGUCGGGGGAGGUGGCGGCGACCAUCUCUAACCGAACGAGCUCGCUUAAACAUCUCGAGGAGAAACGUGUUGAUGGGUCUGGUCAUGAUGUGACUAAUGGAGAGUUACCCGGGAUUUGGCAGCGCAGAGAGGCAGGUGAGGAAGAGGGCCGGCGAGAGGAUGGCGCCAACAUCCUGGACCUGGACGACCUGGAGGACAUCGCACGGGACGAGGACAUAGAGGGGGAAGCAUCACAAUGGGGGGCGGGGAUGAUGCCGGGAAAGAGGUCGGAUGGCAACGGUGGACACCUCGAGUAUAACAACCUGCACUUCGAAGAAGACGAGAGAUCAGACACUCAAAGUGGUGACAACGUGGAGCGGUGGUCUUGCCGGGGGCGGCGCUCGUCCAGCAACGUUGAGCCGGCCAGCACGGAGUACGUGCUGGAGGUGGACACGCUGGAGCUGGAGGAGGAUGCAUGAGGCGGCGAAAAGCACAUGGGCGGAUCAGCUGAAAAAACGGAGCAAGCAAGAGAGUGGCACCGGAUGGACUAGUUUGGGGCACAUGUCAUAGCGCGAGAAAACGCGCGAGUUGAGCGGUUAUCGUCUGCGU